CUGACCAGACCACCUCCUGUCUCAUGCUGGCUGUUUGUUUACCAACAUUCUCGAAUAAACCUCUUAGCCCUUGACUGAACAGCUAACAUGGUCUUCAUUUAUUAUUGCAGUUGGUUGCAGGAUCAGAGUAAAGGUGCUGAAAACAAAUGCUGUUCCAUUUUUUAAAACCGAUAUUUAAAAAAAUCUAUCCUUUUCUGUUGAGUUCACACAGCAUCUUGGCUGCUUCUCUGAUUCGAAUUUUAACAAGUUUGUGGUAUUAAUGUUAAACCGUAUGAGGUAUGAUGACUUUUGCAAAGCACUGUAUUAAUAGCCCUUUUAAAGAUGAUUUACAUAAAAAAUAAAACUAAUCAGAAAUUUGUUUGUUUUUUUCAGAUUAAAUGGAGGACCCAUCAUCACGAUCUUCACUCAAUAAUGCCUCCUUCUCCCUAUGUCCCUCAGUUGUAACACUCUACUUCCUCCCCUCCAUCUACGCAUUCCUCUUCGUCACCGCUCUGCCAGGGAACAUGCUGUCUUUGUGGGUGUUCCUGCGCUGCAUCCCAUCCAUCUCCCCCACCCACGUUUACCUUACCCACCUUAGCAUCUCUAACCUGCUGAUGGCUGUCAUCGUGCCCUUCUUCACACUAUACUAUGCCUGGGGCUUGCACUGGGCUAUAGGCGACAUUCCAUGUCAGAUAGUCCUGCAUGGCAUUACCCCUGUGCUCCACAUCAACAUCUACAUCAGCCUCCUGAUCCUCACAUGGGUGGCGCUCAGCCGCUUCGCAGUUCUCAUUCGGAACACCCACGCUUCCAGGCCGAGUGCCUGCAUCACCCUGCUGCCACACGGCUUCUUCUCAAGCCUCACGCGGGUCUCCUUCGCAAACAGCAUGUGCGCCAUGCUGUGGGUGGUGACAGUGGGGGGCAUUGUGCCGGUGACUGUUUACUACUCUGUAAACGAGGCUACGAAGAGUACAAAGGAGACAGAGGAAGUUGGCUGUGAGAUGGUGUGCUACAGCCCUGUGGUUGAACUAGGGGGCAGAGUGUCUUCGACCCUUAGCAUUGCCCUUGUAACUCUGUUCUUCAUUCUCUACCUGCUGGUGCUGCUCUCUUAUUUGAUCGUAUUAAGGCAUAUCAAACGCUCUCGACGCAAUGCAAACAUUACCAGCUCACAAAGCCUGCUUGCACGGGUUUCUCGAAACAUCGUGGUCAUCCAGGUUGUUCUUUCAUUGUGUCUACUGCCGUAUCACAUCUUCAAACCUAUCUUCACCACUCUGGCACAUGAUCAACCUGCCCCGCUGCACUCCUCUUGUCCUGACAACAUCACUUGUCAUCCACUCAACAUCUUCAUUGAGCUGAAGAACUGCCUAUUUCUUCUUGCUGUUCUGAGAUCCGCGACAGACCCUGUGAUGUACUUCCUGUUGGACGGGACCUUUCGUGAACAGAUCCUGAGACUGCUAAAAAAAAACAAGACAGAUUUUAAUAAAAAAGAAAUGGUCUGGUCAACUACAGGAAGUGUCAAUCAGAAGACAGACAAUGUCGGGGAAGGAAAUGUGAUCUUGUGAGGUUUAUAGUUAUGAAAAAAGUCAACAGAUCAACCACCUGAAUUAAGAAGUGCCUGGACUAUUUCUGUAAAAUACCUGUGAAAAUAGGUAACAAAAAAAUCAAACAAACAAAAGAAAGCCUUGUUAUGUUUUAACAGACACAUGGUUAGCAUGGUAAACAACCAACACACAAACAGGGACAUAUUUUGGACCUGAUCAUCAGCAAGGGUCUCAACAUUUCCAAGGCCUGAUGUUGCCCCAUCUGACCUUUUCCUGUUCACUGGAAGUGCCAUUUCCAUUGACUCAAUUAGCCAUAGAGAUAUAAGAAAACGCUUUCGUACGUUUAAUUGAAAGAUUUAACUAAGUUUACUCUUCUACUUUGUCUUGUAACUCAGUUCAUGAGCCAGUAGAUUACUUCCAUUCUAAAAUUUUAAACAUCAUUAAUCCAUUGCUCCCAUUAGGGUUAUGGUUGUCUCUGGUAAAAAGAAAUCUCAGUGGAGAAAUGCUCCACUGGGAAGAAGUGAAAAAAGGGAGUGUCAAGCAGAGGUGACGAAAAACUGGACUUAAGGUUCACUAUGACAUCUAUAAAGAGACUACACAGAUAACUUACAACGUCAAAAUGCAAGGGAAUCUGUUUUUCUGAAAAUAUUAAUAAUGAUCAUGCAGUUCUGAUGCUACAGACAAUGGAGACUGUCUGUAGCAUUAGAACUGCAUUUAUCCAGCGCUUGCAAUGAAUUUGCUAACUUCCUUACUGAGAACAAGAAGAGUAUUAUAAGGGUAGUUUGGACAUUAAUAUCAAGUCCAAUAACAAUUUUGUGUCCAAAAAUGAAAAUUGGACAAAAUUACACAAUUAACCAAAUCAAACGCAUUAGCUUAGAAGAAAUUAUACAUGAAUUAGGCUCUUCCCUGUUAUAUCGAUAUUUUACCCACAGCUUUUUUCCUGUCAUAGCAUCUGAUUUGAUUCAUAUAAUAAACCCAUCCCUUUUUUCAAGUGUUUAUAACAACCUUAAAAACUGAAAUUAUUAAUAAUUAUUAUAAUAAUAAUAAUUAUUAUUAUUAUUAUGCCACUGUUGAAAAAGAACAAUCUGGACAAAAUGGUAUUGCAAAAUUCAAGACCCAUCUCAAACCUUUAAUUUAUAAUUUAGGUUACUGAAAAAGUUGUUUCAACAGUUAAAUACCUUUUUACCUAUGACCAGCUGAUCUGACGUCUUCCAGUCCGGUUGCCCGAGGUGAAAUAGACUCAGGAACUUCUUUCUGUUUUUGAAAACACUCAUCACUCGUUCAAAAUCACGUUGGGGAACCGGAACAGGCUCCGAACCGCAUUAAUGGAAAAGGGGUAAACAAGACAAAUUACCAUAACUAUGAUAUGAUACAUAGCUCUACAUUACAAUGUCAUUAGGUGACCAUGAUCCUACUCAAGGCUUGGCUAGAUGCACAGAACAAAUCACUGUGUGUACGUGCCAAUUUUCUCCAGUUAUAAAAAUAACACUGAACUAUUAUUUUUUUUGGACUUCAUGAGGAGCGAUCAAGAGUUAGUCUGGGUAUAGUAAUGGACUCAUACCUGAAAGACAUUCACUAAGUCGGCCUUCUAUCACCUGAAGAACAUUUUCAGGAUUAAAGGACUAUUGCAGGAUCUCGAACAACUCAUCCAUGCGUUUACCUUUAGUCAAGUCAAGUUUAUUUAUAUAGAGCUUUUCAGCAACAAGGCACUCAAGGUGCUGUACAUAAGGAAAAACAUUACAAUGAUACAGAAAAUCAAACAGAGGUAAUUAAAAAAAUAA